GCUAAUUACACAGAACAGCUCUGGGGGCUGCUGAAGUCCAGAAUGAAGCAAAGAGCAGCAGAAGCGAGUGCUGCAGUGGGAGCGGAGGAGCCCAAGCAUCAUCGAGAGCUGGAGCCAGCUGUCCUCCCUGCUGGGAGCAACUGGGAGCACCCAGAGGAUCCUGCAGCCCUGUCUCUCACAGAGGACAGCUUCUGGCACAGCCACUGAGCCUGCUACCAGCCCCCGGAGAGCAGAGGGGAAGGGGCUGGUGCUUGUGGGGAUGCAGGGCUGGGCUGGAGGGCAGUGAGGUCAGCCCUGCCAUGGUUCCACGGUGCUGGGAGCCUGUGUGGAUCCACCGGUAAGGGGUGAAGGAUGGCUGCUGAAGGAGGGAGAGCCAAGCCCGCUGCUCAGUCCGGGAUGGAGAACUUCCGAAAGGUGAGGACGUCGGAGGAAGAGGUGCCAUUGCCUUUUCCCGAUCUGUCCCCUGACGUGGUGGAGAUGAAAGUGAAGGAGGGCAGCAAGAUCAGGAACCUGAUGAACUUCGCCAUGGCCCAGAUGGAGCUGAAGGGCAGCCGGCAGAUCAUCUUCAGUGGCAGCGGCAGGGCGGUCACCAAGACCAUCACCUGCGUGGAGAUCAUGAAACGCAAGCUGGGAGGGCUCCACCAGGUCACCAAGGUACGCUACAAAACCGUGCUGGAGGUCUGGGAGAACCAGGACCUGCUGCCCAACAGCCCAGCGCAGAACCUGACCGUCCACAAAAAUGUCCCCUCCAUCUGCAUCCUGCUUUCCCGAGACCCCCUGGAUCCCAACCAAACAGGCUACCAACCCCCGGAGCCCCAGCACGGGCUCGGUGAGGCAGGAGAAGAUGCAUUGGGAUCCUCCACUAAGGGGCUGAAGCGGACACUGCCACCUCCCCGUGAGGAGCUGCUGCCCAAGAAGCUGCAGGUACAGGUGCCUGACAGUCCGAGGGGCUCAGGGACCACCGCUGGCCAGCUGGACCACUGACCACAGUGCUUCCCACCUCGAUCAGACAGGCAGAAAUAUACACUCGUUCUGGGGUCACCAGUGGGCUCUCCCUGCAGGCUCUCCCUGACGUGUCCCCACUUGCUGCUGCUGCUCCAUCUGAUCCCCACAGAUGGGAGGUCUCCAGAUUUGGGGUGAGGGUUAAAGUGUUAAACCCACCAGCUCCUGGUUAUGGAUUGAAGCAGGGGAGGGGGUGGGGGGGAGCUAGUGACUCCUAAUUCAGCCACUGAGAGGGCACCACGACCACCAGCCACAUCUUGCACAACUCCCACAGAGUCAGAGCAUCCAAGGGGUGCCUGGAGCGACACCAACACCGCUCCCCACUGCAAUGCCUCAUUCGUCAGGAGAGAUGGUUUUGCCUCAAGCCUAUGGAAAUAAAACUUUCAUUACCAAACCUGCUGCUGAGGAGCUGUCAGGGUUAUUAAUGCUGGGCUCAGUGUCCUGUGGGGCCAUGAUUCAUCCCAAAAAAACACCCAAACAAGCAGGGGGUCGCUCCCUCCCUGUGCCUGCAGAGCCAAGUGCUGUGCUGUGCUUUUCUGUGCUGUGCUUUUCUGUGCUGUGCUGUGCCGUGCUGUGCUGCCUGUAGGACAGCACAAGGAAAUAAAGCAACCUGCAUUGCAUAUUCCAGUCUUUGCUCUCCUGGAGGGUCUGGAGCUGGGGAGCUGGGGAGCUGGGGACAAUGGGGGUGUUGGGUGGGUGGUUGUCAUGGCUGGAUGCAGUGCCUA